AAAAAACUGGGCGACUUGAGCGUGGAUGAGUUUUUAACCUCUGGAUUUGAUUCCGACGUGGAUGAUGAAUCGGGAGAAGAUACUCCAAUUUCUGGGGAAGAUGAGACUAGAAAGCCGCCUUCAAAAGUGGACAGCAAAAGGAAACCAGGGUGUAAUUUGAUACCCGUGGAAAGGAAAAUUAAAAAAGGUCACGCCUCACAGCAUAAAGACCAGCUCUCUCGACUAAAGGAACGAGAUCCAGAAUUCUACAAGUUCCUGGAAGAAAAUGACAAGACGCUGCUUAAUUUUGAUGACUCCGACAGUUCUGAUGAAGAGGAAGGCCUUCACGUGUUGCCUGAAAAAUUAGAGGAAGCAAGUGAUGAUGAAGAUGAGGAAGAAGAAGGAAAAACAGUUAAGCGGAAAAAAUUUGACUUCAUCACGGUGACAUUGAAAAUGGUGGAACAGUGGAAGGAAGCGGCAGAGAAGAAACUCUCGCCUAGGCUGUUCCAUGAGAUCACUCAAGCUUUUAAAGCCUGCGUGGUCACCGCCAAAGGGGAAUCGGCAGGGCCAGAUUCUGGCAAGUUCAAAGUCGCGGACAGCACAGUUUUCAACACUCUUGUCUCCUUCUGUGUCCGUGACCUCUUUGUUCUGCUGCAAAGAUUGCUUCAGGUGAAACCGGCGAAAAACAAAUCAAAGUUAGUCUUGCCUUCCUCCAGCCCACUAUGGAGCAAGUUGCGGUUGGACAUCAAAAUGCACCUCGGUUGUACCAUCCAGCUCCUGUCGUGUUUAACCCAAGCCUCAGUAACAACAGCCGUUCUCCAGCACGUCAGUGCCAUCGUGCCUUAUUACUUAAGCUUCCCCAAACAGUGCCGCGUGCUACUUAAGCAAACGAUUCGACUCUGGAGCACGGGCGAUGAAGUUGUAAGGGUUCUAGCUUUCCUGGUGCUGAACAAAAUCUGCCGGCACAAGCAAGAAGCCUACUUAGCCUCUGUUCUCAAGCAAAUGUACAUUUCCUAUGUCAAGAACUCAAGGUUCACCUCUCCCAACGUCCUCCCUCUGAUCAACUUCAUGCAGCGGACUCUGAUCGAGAUGUACGCUCUGGACCACGGUGUUUCCUACCAGCAGGCCUUCAUUUACAUCCGGCAGCUGGCCAUCCACUUGCGUGGUGCCAUGACCAUGAAGAAGAAGGAAAACUAUCAGUCCGUUUACAACUGGCAGUACGUUCAUUGCCUGUAUUUCUGGUGCCGGGUUCUGAGCACGAUGCAUCCGAACGAAGUCAUGCAACCUCUGAUUUACCCCUUGACCCAAGUCGUCAUUGGCUGCGUUAAGCUGGUACCUACAGCGCGUUUCUACCCUCUGCGUAUGCACUGCGUUCGGGCGCUAACCCUGCUGUCAGAGAGCACGCACACGUUCAUUCCUGUCCUGCCCUUUAUUUUGGAGGUUUUCCAACAGGUGGACUUCAACAAGAAACCGGGGCGCAUGAGCGCCAAGCCCAUUAACUUUGCAGUCAUCUUGAAGCUCUCCAAUGCCAACCUACAGGAGAAGGCCUUCCGGGACGGCCUCCUCGAACAGCUCUAUGACUUGACUUUAGAGUAUCUCCACAGUCAGUCCUACAUGAUCGGUUUUCCAGAACUGGCUCUGCCUGCCAUCCUUCAGCUGAAGUCCUUCCUGAAGGAAUGCAAGAUUGCCAACUAUUGCAAAACCAUCCGCCAGCUCUUGGAAAAACUGCAGGAGAACUCCGCGUAUAUCACCGCCAAGCGCCAGAAAGCUUCCUUUGGCGUCUCUAAUCGGGAGGCCGUGGAGCAAUGGGAAAAAAAUGUAAAAGAAGAAGGAACUCCGCUAAUGACAUAUUAUGUGACUUGGAAGAAACUGAGAGAGAAGGAGAUACAGCUGGAGAUCACUGGCAAAGAGCGGCUGGAAGAUCUAAACUUCCCUGAAAUCAAACGGAAGAAGCCGAGUGAAAAGAAAGAAGACGACAACAGGGAGUUUAAGGACCUCUUUGAGAUGGAGAGCAGUUCGGAAGAAGAGAGCUCGGAUGUUUUUUCCCUCAAAGAGAAGACGAAGGUGGCUGAAGACGGUGUCCCCGUGAGCAGUAGCGAGGAGGAGGAAGGAGAAUAUGAAGUGGACGACGAGGAAGAGGAGGCGGAGGAAGAGAGCUUGAGCGAUUCAGAUGGUGGCGAAAGGGCCGUGCCCGGACGGGGCCGGAAACCGCUCUCUCGGGCAGAGCUGCAACAGCUGGCACAAGGAGGAGAGGAUGUGGUGGAAGAUUUAGACUUUUCCGAUGGGGACUGAUGGACGGGCGGGGGGUUGAUCGGACAGCUGUUCCUGUGGGGGGGGCUGCAUUGUUCAAGCUGGCCCUGAAGCAGAGCUUGUGCACUGAGGAGACACACAAUAAAAUGUGCGAUCUGGCAGGGGAGCAGUAAAGACUCUGCUAUGGCUGUAAAAGCUGCUGCUUCUAAACCUGGGCUUUUUAAGCCACCUCAAAACCCAGUCUCCACUGCUCCCCCAUCCUCUUCUGGACUGUAGUCUUGCCCCCCCACUCAGUGCUGAAGAUUCAGAGACCACCACCAAUCUCCCACCAGUUACUGCAUAGACACUUUUUUUUUUUGGAAAGACCUCCGUUUCCCUGCAAGUGCCCUUGGAUCAAAGACGUUUCCUAUUUUCUUGGCGCACAAGGCAAGAAGAGUCGGACGGCAUCUCCAGAGCGGCAUGAUGCGUGCUUUGAUUCCCCCCCACCCACCCCCAUUCUUACAACUGCCCAUUUUCAUUUCUGCAUGCGCGGAGGACUUGUUUGGAAGGGAAACGCCUGGUUUUUUUCUGUCAUGGCAGAAACGGCGUGUAAAGCCAGCCAGCCGUGUGGAUUUGUUUCUCCUGCAUGGAUCUCUCUGCGCUGGAACCGCGGAGGGCAACGGCCAGACCUUGAGGGAGCGCCGUUAUCCCCUGUGGCUUUGACUGCAUUGUGAUCCAUGCACGCAUCCCUUUGUUGUCAUUUGAGGUCGCCUGACAGAUCAGAUCUGUGCUGGCCAACCUUACAGAGGUUGCCUUGAUCCCGAGCGUGUCAGGACCUGUUAGGUGAAGGAGCACGGUGCAGAGCUUGGGAGAGCUCCUUGAGCUUGGCUAGAGCAAUGGGAUGGAGCUGAAGCCCAGAGAACCCUGGUGGAAGACUUUGGAACCCAUAAACCUCAAAUGGUGGCUUCUCCAGCUUAAAGCUGGGGACAAUACAACAGCCAUUGAGGGCUACGGUGUCUUGGGUGAAGACCAUCAAUGGUAGCUGGUAGCCGCCUGUGUCACAAGAGUAGAAGCCUCAAGUUCAGGUGCGAGGGCAAGAGUUGAGGUGUCAGAAGAACCUAGACCAGUGUUUCUCAACCUCAAAAACUUGAUGCGUGGACUUCAUCCUGGCCGGGGAAUUCUGGGAGUUGAAGUCCACGCAUCUUCCAGUUCCCAAGCUUGAGAAUCACUGAUCCAAUAAGAUGGGUUACAUUUACCCUUCUAUCCCACCCCCCAAGUUUUAUUGCCCACCACAAAACCGUCUCCCAGGAAUGGACGUUCUGAAGGACACACCUUGACAAGCACCUGUUGUAUAAAUUGAACAAGUUCUCUGUUUUUAUUAUUUCAACUGCUUUGCUGGAAAGCCUUAGUUUUAAAGUGAUGGAUAAUUUGACAAUAUAUAUAUAUAUAUAUUUGUAUGUAUAUAUAUAUAGUAAGAAGCUAAGGUACCUUGGGUUGAUUUUGUUGCUGCUGAAAAUGCACAAGGGGGGGGAAGGACGCGUGGGUGUCUUGGAACAAGGCUGGCCUCACGUUCUUUCCCCCUCCCCACUGUACAAACUGGGGAGACACACACACACACACACACACACACACACACACACACACUGGUUGGUUGACAGCUGGUGAGGGCUACACACGGAGAUCCAACACCCGGGUGCGGAUGCCCGGGAAAAUGUGCAAUUUCGCAUCCUCGGCCAGGCUGCCCUGCCUUAGAAACCACCCAGACACUCCUCGUGCGCAGAACCCCAUUAAAAACAAGCAUACCUCUGCAUGUGCGCCCCCCCCGACACCCACUCGAGGAGGGGAGCAACAGGAACCCCCACCCCACCGACAUCCUCCUCCUUUUCCUUCCUUCCUGCCUCCUUCCCAACCAUUCCCC